AUUUCCCAACUCCAGGAAUUUGUGGCGGAGUGGGCAAAUAACCGCGGCUCUCCAGGCGCCCCGAUGCUCGCACCAUGUCGAGGCGCAAGCAGGCGAAGCCCCAGCACAUCAACUCGGAGGAGGAUCAGGGCGAGCGGCAGCCGCAGCAGCCGGCCCCCGAGUCUGCAGAUGCGGCCCCAGCGGCGCCGGCGGCGGGGGCGCCGGGUGCUCCAAUGAAAUACACCGGCGGCAGCGACGAGCUGAAUGGGGACGGAGCAGGGAUAAAGCGGCCCCGGCGGGAGGAGACCCACGUCUGCGAGAAAUGCUGCGCCGAGUUCUUCAGCUUCUCGGAGUUCUUAGACCACAAGAAAAAUUGCACUAAAACGCCCCCCGUGCUCAUCCUGAAGGACAGUGAGGGGCCGAUGUCGUCCGAAGACUUGUCGGGGACUGUGCUCAGCCCGCAGCCGCCCAGCCCGGGCCGGAGGGAGGGCCACCGGGACGACGGCGGCGGCGGGGGCCCCGGGGAGGCGAGGGAGAAGCCGGGGGCGGAGUCCGUUCUGUACCUGAAGACGGAGGCCGCCCUGCCGCCCGCGCCGCAGGACAUAAGCUACUUACCCAAAGGCAAGGUGGCCAGCACCAACGUCACGCUUCAGGCGCUGCGCGGCACCAAGGUGGCCGUGAACCAGCGCGGCGCCGACGCGCCCCCGGCGCCCCUGCCCGGUGCCGGCAGCCUGCCCUGGGUCCUGGAGCAGAUCCUGUGCCUCCAGCAGCAGCAGCUGCAGCAGAUCCAGCUCACGGAGCAGAUCCGGGUGCAGGUGAACAUGUGGGCCUCGCACGCCCUCCACGCCGGCCACGCGGCCGACUCGCUGAAGACGCUCGGGGGCCACGUGUCGCAGCAGGUGUCGGCGGCCGUGGCCCUGCUCAGCCAGAAGGCGGGGAGCGCCGGGCUGCCCCUGGACGCCCUGAAGCCCGCCAAGCUACCUCACGCCAACGUCCCUUCCGCCGGCGGCUCCGCCUCCCCGGGGCUGCCGCCCUUCGCCCUGAAGCCGGACGCCCCCCGGGUGCUGCCCGGCGUCCUGUCGCGCCUCCCCGGGGCGCUGCUGCCCCAGGCCCCGGGCUCCGUGCUCUUCCAGAGCCCCUUCUCCGCGGUGGCCUUAGACCCGUCCAAGAAAGGCAAGGGGAAGCCGCCGAGCGUCUCCCCGGUGGAGGUCCAACUCAAGGACGAGGCGCUAUGCCGGCACAAGUGUAAGUACUGCAGCAAGGUUUUCGGGACUGAUAGCUCCUUGCAGAUCCACCUCCGCUCCCACACCGGAGAGAGACCCUUCGUGUGCCCCGUGUGCGGCCACCGCUUCACCACCAAGGGCAACCUCAAGGUGCACUUCCACCGGCAUCCCCAGGUGAAGGCAAACCCCCAGCUGUUUGCCGACUUCCACGACAAGACGGCGGUGGGCAGCGGCCUUCCCUUCGCGCUGCCCGGCCCCGCCCCCCUCGAGGAAGCCGGGCUCUCCCUAGACAGCAAACCCGCGCUCGCGGCGGGGACCCCCAGUGUCGUAGGGCUAGCUCAGAAUCUCCCCUCGGGGCCUCACCCCAAGGACGUCUCGGGGGGCCCGUUGCCCGGCGACCUGCAGCCCGGGCCCUCUCCGGAAAGUGAGGACGGCUCCAUCCUGUCCGGGGUGGGGCCGACCCAUCCCUCCCCCAGGGUCGGAGGCUUCCCAGGGGGUGGGCCGCCCGAGCCGGGAUCGGAGACGCUGAAGCUGCAGCGGCUGGUGGAGAACAUAGACAAGGCCACCAACGACCCCAACGAGUGUCUCAUCUGCCACCGCGUCCUCAGCUGCCAGAGCUCGCUCAAGAUGCACUACCGUACGCACACCGGGGAGAGGCCCUUCCCCUGCAAGGUCUGCGGCCGCGCCUUCUCCACCAAAGGCAACCUGAAGACGCACCUGGGGGUGCACCGCACCAGCGCGUCGGUGAAGACGCAGCACUCCUGCCCGAUCUGCCAGAAGAAGUUCACCAACGCGGUCCUGCUGCAGCAGCACAUCCGCAUGCACAUGGGCGGCCAGAUCCCCAACACGCCUCUGCCCGAGAGCCCCUGCGAGUUCGCGGGCCCCGAGCCCGCGGCGGCCGGGGAGAACAGCAGCCCCGGCGCGCCCCCUCACGACGGGGUCGUGGAAGCCAUCGACGUAGAUGAAGUCUGCCCCCAGGAGGCCCUCGGCAGCUCCUCGAGGGUCCCCGGGCCCCUCGCCAGCGUCCACGCGGUGUCCCCUACCCCGGGGCUGGCCACGGCGGCUUCGCUGGACGCCCCAGUGAAGGCGGGGCUCGCCGCGCUCGUCCUGCAGCGGCAGGGCAGCCGAGAAAACGGGUCCGCGGAGAGCGAUGGCCUAACCAACGACGACGCCUCCUCGGUGAUGGGCGACCCCGAGUGCGCCAGCCGAAGCCCAGACGUUCUGGAGAGCACGUCCUUCCAGGCGGUCUCGCCGGCCCAUAGCCAGGCGGAGAGCGUCAAGUCCAAGUCUCCGGACGCAGACGGCAAAGGGGACGGCUCCGAGAGCAGCCGCACAGAGAUGGAAGGUCGGAGCAGCGUUCCAUUGACAUUUAUCCGAGCCCAGCCGACCUAUGUCAAAGUUGAAGUUCCUGGUGGGUUUGUGGGUCCCGCGACCAUGUCCCCAGGUAUGACGCCUUUGCUAGCGGCUCAGCCCCGACGACAGGCCAAGCAGCACGGCUGCACGAGGUGUGGGAAGAACUUCUCAUCGGCCAGCGCGCUUCAGAUCCACGAGCGGACUCACACCGGGGAGAAGCCCUUCGUGUGCAACAUAUGCGGGCGUGCUUUCACCACCAAAGGCAACUUGAAGGUCCAUUAUAUGACACACGGGGCCAACAACAGCUCGGCGCGCCGUGGCCGGAAGCUGGCCAUCGAGAACACCAUGGCUCUGUUAGGCACGGACGGAAAGCGGGUCCCCGAGAUGUUUCCCAAGGAAAUCGCGGCCCCUUCGGUGAGCGUGGACCCCGUCGUGUGGCACCAGUAUGCCACCAUGCUCAACGGCGGUCUGGCCAUGAAGACCAACGAGAUCUCCGUAAUUCAGAGUGGUGGCAUCCCCACCCUCCCCGUGUCCCUGGGGGCCAGCUCCGUGCUGAGUAACACGGCCGCCUCCAAGAUCGAUGGCUCCCAGUCUGCCGUCAGUGCCGAAGUGGAGAAGCCAGGGACCGCCGACAAUGUCCCCAAACACCAGUUCCCGCACCUCCUGGAAGAAAACAAGAUCGCAGUCAGCUAAGCCGCAGGAGGAUGCACCUCCGAGAGCAGUGCAGGCAGUGACCUCUCUAGAGAACUGUAUCUUUUUGUUCUCUCUCUCUCUCUCUCUUUAAGGCCCCCAUCUCCUCCAGUUUUCUUCCUGAUGUGCAAAUAAUGUUUACAGUUGUGACCACAACCUCAGGCACGUCUUACAAUCACAAUGUUGCUAUGCUGCUUUGCAAAAAAAGAAAAGAGAGGGAAAAAAAAAUUCUUACUAAAACAAAUACUAGUAUUUUUUUAAAUUUUGGAAAAAAGCGGGUCUUGCAAAGUAGUUUUGUUACUUGCAACAAACUAUAUACAUAAAAACCUUUGUACAACCUCGAGUAACUGUUUCCAAAGAUGGUCACCUCUUUCAAGUUGGAAGGUAUUGAACCACCAUGGAGAAGACACCUGUUUCACCUGCUUGGGGGGUGGAGUGGUGGGGGUGGGGGGCAGCUGUAUACUUAAUUCUGCGGGGACUGUAUGCGGGUAAAUGGACAAGGUCUGUCGUCUGUUUCGGGACCUGUUUUUGUAUUCUCCCAACCCUGCACCCAUUUUUCUUUUGUUUUUCUGAAUGUAUUUUUUUUUUUUUUUUUGGAAAACCAAGGUUGUAGAAUUCCAAAGUGUUUUUCAACCUUGGAACCUUAAGUAGGAUGCCCUCAAGUGGACUGAUUUUAGUCCUUAGAGAGUCAGUGUGUGUGUUGCUGCUUAUUUAAAUACAGUUCAGUUGGAGCCUCAAGAGUGCCAAGGUUCUCUCUACCCUUCCAGAUGCCGCCUUCUUCCUAAAACCAGGAGAGGUGAACACCUGAGCAGGGAAUCUCAGGUGAUGUAAUUUAGUUCACCAGUGCCUGCUCUGUUGAAGAGCUUGGUGUCCAUUCUUGAAACAAACUCAUGGAAGGGCAUGUUUUCUUAUUAUAUACUAAAAAGUUCUUAUACUAGUUUGUACCAACAUUUCCUUGAUUGUGACUUAUGCCAAGUAAUUAUGAAGAUUUUUUUUGUUUUCUUCUGAGUAUUGCAUGAAGGCUACCAAGUUGGGACAGGCGAGUCCUGGAUGUGAAAGCUUUAAUUUAUCUACCUCAUUCAUGUGUUAUUUUUGUAGCUAUAGUCUCUAUUUUCCUAUUGGAUGACCGCUGAAGUGUUCCUAGACCCUAUCGUAAACCUAAGAGUUGAUGUAUUGGUGGCAGCAGCUGGAAGUUCAAGAUGUUGUUGUGAUUCUUUUUUUCCUUCUUAAUCCCCCCUUUUGUAUAUGUGAUAUUAAGCAGACGAUGAAGCGUUCCUCUGGAAGAUUUAACAAGCAAGGAGAAAGACCCACAUUUCUGGGCGGAGAAGUCUUAGCCCCCUCUGUUUGGAAGAGUGGAUUGUGGCUGUUCUCAAGUCUGUCUCUUGGUAAUUGCACCUGACUUUAGGAUUCCCCCCCCCACCCCCCCCAAAUUUUUUUGUUUUGUUUUGCCGAAUUGUGCCUUUCCUUCUGGAAUUGUAAGUGAACACAAUAAUAGUACCUGUUUACACUGUGAAGCGGAUAUUGUUACAGAAGAUAGACCAGAGGCUUUCUCACUUGUUAAGCUUAAUAAUGCCUUGUGAAUGUAUGAUCUACGGAGAAACCCCUGUAGUUUUUACCUGCUGAUGCUGUCUGUCUGUUGGAGAAUAAAUUUUGAAUGGUUCUUUUUUU